AUGCUCCUUCUCCUGAGCGUCACGUGCCUCAUCCUAUCACCGUUCUACAUAAUAUAUAAACCCCCCACUCUCCUGAUUCGCUAUUUCCAACAUCGGUGGCCGGACGUUCUCUGGCACGUCCCAACGUCUCAAAAAAUCAUCGCGCUGACUAUUGACGAUGGCCCGUCCGAGUACACCAACGAGAUACUACAGAUCCUCAAAGCCAACGAUGCAACCGCAACGUUCUUCAUCAUCGGAUCCCAGGUCCCAGGGCGUGAGGAGGCGCUGCAAUCCCUCAUCCGUGCCGGAAACGAGCUGGGCAAUCACGCCACGCACGACGAGCCCUCGCGCUCGCUGAGCGAUUCCACUCUCAUCGAGCAGAUCCAGUCCGUGGACGAAAUGCUACAGAAGGCAUAUGCUGCCGUUGGCGCAGCGCGGCCUCCCCCGUACUUCCGCCCCGGCUCCGGCUUCUUCAGCGGCCGGAUGCUCGAGGUGUUGCGCGGCCUGGGCUACCGACUGGUGCUGGGGAGUAUCUAUCCGCACGACCCGCAGAUCCCGUUUUGGCGCGUCAAUGCGAGGCAUGUGCUGAGUAUGGUACGGCCUGGGGGGAUUGUUAUCUGCCAUGAUAGGCGGAGCUGGACGGCUCCGAUGCUACGGAAAGUGCUGCCGGAAUUGAGAAGGAGGGGGUUUCGCGUUGUUACUGUUACGGAGCUGUUGAAGGAAGCCAAGACGUAA